AUGCUUUGCCUACGGUACUGCAGCAUUUUGCUCGUAUUUGUACUUUGGUCGACAGUCGAUGGUCGCCGUCUAUCUCUAUUCGAUGUGCGUAUAGAUCAUUACAAAGUUGAGACCAUUCAGGAUUUAGUUAUCAAUACUCCACGACCUCGAUUUUCUUGGAAAAUUCGCGUUUUGGACAAUGUAUCACAACGAAAUGUUCAACAAACAGCUUAUCAAAUGCAAAUUCAAUCGAUAAAAAUAACUCAACGAGAUAAUCAAUUUGCAUGGGAUAGUGAACGUGUUGUGUCAUCACAAUCAAUUCAUGUACCAUAUACAGGUCAAAACGAUCUUUUAUCAUCAACAUUUUAUCGUUUUCGUGUGCGAGUUUGGACAACAAACUCAGAAGAACCAAGUGAAUGGACGGAUUGGAUUCAAUUUCGAACGCCUAUAUUCAAUUUACAUGAAUAUCUAACAGCAAACAAUGCUCUUCUUUGGAUUGGAUCGACAAAGAUCAAUAUGAAUGAAUUAAGAAAAGAAUUCAUGGUUCCAAAUGCUAGUCCUAUCAAAUCAGCAAUUGCUUAUAUUUCUGGUAUUGGCUAUUAUGAAUUUUAUCUAAAUGGCAAUAAAGUGGAUACAAGUCGAAAACUGGAUCCUGGUUGGACAUCCUACGAAAAACGUACUCUGCUUGCUUCAUUUGAUUUAACAGCGAAUAUCACAGCUGGCAUGAAUGCUGUAGGUGUCAAAUUGGGCAAUGGUUGGUAUAGUCCAGAACAGCAUGGCAAAUCUGGCUAUGGCCCACCUCGUCUUAUUUUUAUCUUGUCUAUGAUAUUUGAGGAUGGUAAUGAAAUACAAGUUCUUAGUGAUCAGACAUGGACUGGUCGAGAAGGUUCAAUUAAACACGAUAGUAUUUAUAAUGGUGAACUAUACGAUAGUCGAAAUGAUCGUCCUAACUGGGCUCGAGCAGGAUUUAAUGAUUCUUUAUCAGCUUGGAUUAUGCCUGAAUCAAUGCCAUCACCACUUAACAGUUCG